AUGGCUCAACCUCUACACCUUUACGUUCUUGCUAUUUUACUUUUAGCUCUUUCAUUUACGGGUACCUCCACCUCCACCCAUAACUACCAUGGACUCAAAUCCCUCCGCUUUACUCUCUACCAACAAGAAACCAUAAAUAAAACAGUGUAUCUCAUAGUGAAGGGUGUGACAGGACCAGAUAUUAGUCCAUCCACAUCACCUUUUGGUUCCUUGUUUGUUAACCAAGAUCUCUUGACUGUUACCCCUAACUCGUCUUCAAAAGUAGUCGGGGUUGCAGAAGGAGCUUCCAUAACAUCGAGGCUUGAUGGACUCGCCAACAUUGUUGUUGAGAAGAUCACUUUAGACAUGGAACACUGCAAGGGAUCAAUCUCCAUUCUUGGAACAGCUCACAACAUCGAGGUUAAUGAUCUUCCUGUUGUAGGAGGCACAGGUGAUUUCAUGUUUGUACAAGGCUAUAUAACACCAUCCCUAGUGACUUUCGAGAACCCCAGUAUUGUUUACAAGAUUGAGUUUCACCUCUACUGGCCUCCCUAUAUGGCAAAUCAUUGUUGUCUUAUUGAUGAAAAUGGUAUUUGA